AGCCCAGCUACACAAACUUCAGCAGGGAGAUCCACCAGCACUCUAUACACGACGCUAGUACGCACGAGGUACUCUCCAACUUGCUUGUCAUGCUCUACUUCUUAUGAAAGGUCGACAUCAACGUUGUUCACUUCGUUGACUAGAACGACUUAUUUAGCAACUUGUUUAUCGUGCUCAACUUCUCAUGCAAGAUCCACCUCAACGUUGACGACCUCUGUGGUGAGAACAACUUUCUCACCAGUGUGUCUCGCUUGCUCGACUUCUUAUGAGCCGUCCACAUCCACUUCUUAUGAACCGUCCACAUCCACUUCCUCCACUUCACUCUUCUCCACCACAUACUCUGCAACUUGUUUAACAUGUGAGCAGCAAACAACGGUGACAGUCAAGACGUGUCCGGGAGGCUGCACAACUACGCUUUCACCUCCACAACCUACAUUUGCUCAUGUGCGUAACGACUCUUCGUUAAUGUCAAGCUCAUCAUCCUCUUCAGGACCGGAUACAAGCUUAUCCUCAACCACAUCAACCCAUAUUGAUACAAGCUCCAGUGUCAUAUCCUCUUCUAGCUCUUCAGUGAUGUCCUCAAGUACAGAGAUCACUUCAUCCUCCACUGAAUUGUCUUCUGAAGCUGUUCUUACUUCCAUGAACGAUUCCACAUCUUUCAUUGAAUCGUCUACUCCACCAAGUAUAGAAGAGACAACUCUGACGUCUUCCAGCUUAUCACCAACCUCUUCAUCGAUUUACACUCACGAUACGACAUCAGUCGUAGCUACAUUGACAACAGUUGUUUCGGAAACUCACACGGAGAAUGUCACAAUUACAUCACUUACUCAGUAUCUGGACUUCAAUUCCUCAACACCGGCUGUUUCCACAAGUCCAAGUACGACGUGGGAUCUUUCAUCCAGCUUUUCACCAUUUAUCUCUCUUGCUGCCUCACCUCCAAAUUCUUCCACUAGCGAUCGAAGUGUAUCAGUUGUGACAUCCUUUUCCUCGUCUGUUUUUAACGAAUCAGGUUCUUUGACUGAAAGUGCACCACCACUCACCACCUUUGAAAGUUCCUUCAGUAGUUUGAUACCAAAUGAGGAAAACAUCACAUCUACAAUAACAAAGAACAUACAGGUUACACAGUACUUGUCUGAAUCUACGGGGACAUCUGUGUUUGUUACAGAACCCACGGUAUCGACUUUUGAAGGGCGUGGUUCUUUAUUAACAGCAUCUUUAAGCGUAUUGAUGCUCGCUUUGUUAUUCUAAACCUCACAUACCGGCUCAAUAAUAUAACCC